CCCCUCAGUCCCCCCCUGCCCUGAUCCCAAUCCCUGUUUUCCAGCUGGCCUAUGGGCAGGACGGGUCCCUGAAGGGUUUUGCCGUCCUGGAAUUGGAGUCCCCGGAAUGGGCCGAGCGAGUCCAGGAGGCCACAGACGGGAUUCCCUUGGCCGGGAAUCACAUCCGGGUCUCCUUCUGCGCCCCGGGACCCCCCGGCAGGAGCACCCUGGCUGCCCUCAUCGCUGCCCAGGCCACGGCCCUGAACCGCGGGAAGGGGCUGCUUCCCGAGCCCAGCAUCCUGCAGAUCCUGCAGAGCCUCGGGAAUCCCACGUCCCUGCAGCUCCUGCUGCCCGCCCUGCUGCACCCCGGGAAGCAGGGAAUUCUGGGAGCUGCCCCUUCCCUGCCCCUGGUGCCCAACCCGGCCCUUCCCACGGCGCUGCUCCAGCUGGCCCUGCACGGCCAUUCCCAGAAACCGGGAAUUCUGGGAGAUUCCCCGCUGGGCUCCCUCCCCCUGGGCCUGGCCCCGGCCCAGCCCCCCGGGAAGCUCCUGGGAGACAUUCCCGCAGGAGGGCCCUUGCCGGGGGACCUGGCGCAGGGACACGGCAAAUCCCCCCGGGAUUCCCACCGGGAAUGUGGCCCUGGCGUCGUUCCUGGCCCAGGUGGGGGCGGAGCGGGACAAACUGGGAUCGGGAUCGGGAUCAUCCGGGACCCCCCUGGGAGCCCCCCCCCGGGCUGGGACACGUCGGAGCCGUUCCCAAAUCCAAGCAGGGAGAGGUGUCCCCGCUGGGGGGGCCCCCCCCAAGGAAUUCCAGCUGCCCCUGAACCCCUUCCUGAACCUGCGGAGCCUCCUGCCCGGCCCAGGAGCCGCUUCCAAAGGGUUCCAGGGCAAACCCAGUGCCCUGGGGGGGCCCCCCGCCCCCCCCCCGGAUCCCCUCCAGCGCCCCCCCCCUGCUGCCCCCCCCCCUCCGGAGACGCCUUCGGAUUCGACUUCCAGCCGGAUUUGGGCUCCAGGAUUUUCCCCCAACCCCGAGACCCCUCCGGGCCCCUCCUGGGGGGCUUCGGGCCCAGCAGGAACAAGGUCUCGUCCCCCUCCCCUGGCUUUGACAGGGGGGUUUUGGGGCCCCCCCUGCCCCCCUUUUUCUCGGGCUCCCCCAGUUCCUGCUUCUCCAGCGGGAUCCAGGCCGGGCUCAAGCAGAGCCACCUCAGCAAGCCCCUCGGGAUCCCCCCGAAUUCCCCGGAGCCCGUCCUGCCCUUGGGACCCUCCACCCCCCACCCCAAGGUGGCCCCGGGGGGGCACAAACGCCCCUUUUCCCACCUUCUGCCGUCGCCGGAGCCGAGUCCCGAGGGUUGUUACGUGGGACAACAUUCCCAGGGGCUGGGGGGCCACUACGCCGACUCCCACCUCAAGAGGAAGAGGAUCUUCUAGGGGAGACCCCCCGAAAACCACCCCCAAAAAACACCCCCCAAAAAACCCCCCCAAAAACCCCAAA